CGUGAGUCUCCAUAUCCUCCUAUGUAGGUUUCUGUGUCCUACCAAGCACACAUCAGUUUUCUCACAUGACAAUCUAUGUGUGGAGUUCACUUCACUGACGGAAGAACGUGGAAAAUAUGUCUUUGUCUUAUAUUCUUCUCAUUUAUGUUGCCGGUGUUGCGGUAAACGGAAGUUGUGCAGAUUCGGUUCCCACUCCCACUAUUGUAUUUUCCUCUGGGUACAUCAAUGUAGCUACACCUGUUACAGUACGCUGUGAGUCACCAGAAGGCACAGAGUGCAAUUUCUACAGAGAUCAUGACCCCAAACCUAUAAGAAAACUGGAUUACAAGCAGGGUGCUUGCCAGUUCAAGUUGUUGUGGAAUGAGUUCAAAAAGUGGAACAAGACUGAAGUAGAUCUCAGCUGUGUAAUUCUACAGAAGAGAGAAGAUAAAUCGAUUAAAACCUCAAAACCUAGCGAUGCUCGAAGACUUAUAGUGAGUGAAGAGGAAAUGCAGAGGAAGAGGAGCAGUGCUGAAGAGAUCUUUAUCACCUGUUCUGUGGAGCUGUUGGUAGAGGGUGAAGAUACUGUGACAUCACAGCGUAGUGAAUCCCUCGGUAUCACCAUAGAUGUUGUAAAUCCUCCAGGAGCUACGAGUUCCCCAUCAGAGUUCAGUUUAAUCAAACCUGUUCAGGAGGAGACAAGCAGCAAUGUCACAGCCCAAGGAAGAGGGUUCCUCGUCAUCAUCAGUCUGGGUGCUGGUUCCCUUUUCCUGGUUCUGCUAGCUGGGUCUGUGCUGUGUGUUCUCCAACGCAAGUGUGGGGUUCAAGGCAGGCCUGUAAAUACUGGAAGCCCACCUGAGCAGCAAGACCAAACCCCACCUUGUGUCUAUUCUGUCAUCACAAAGCUGUCUAGGGAUGAGGAAGAGGACAGUAGUCUGCAAUACGCUACAGUGACAUAUACCAGUGACCGAGCUAGUCUUCAAUAUGCAACAGUGACAUCUACCGGUAACCAAGUUGGACCUGGGCGCAGCAAGAUCAAGUUUGAAAUAGCUGGAGAGUACGCCCUCUUAGCAGAAUCAUAGAAGAAGAAAGAUUUUCUGGAUAACAUGUUUUGCCAUAGUUUACAGUUACAAUCCUAUCUUUUUUUCUUCAUAUUGGAUCAUAAUUUACUCAUAGUACAAAAACAAAUCCUGCCACAAUAACAAAGACUAAAGAUAUCUACUCAUUUCUGAAAACAAGCAGUUUCAACUAUUUGCAUUUUAGGUUAAAUGAAAUAAAUGAAAAAUAAACUUUGUAUGAAACAUAGAAGAAAUAUUUUCCUAAAUUGAGUUACCCAAUCUAGUCAGUAGUCACCAAUCAGUAGUCACCAAUCUAUUUCACUCCUUGACAAGUGUCAAUAGAGACUCAAGAGGGUAGAACACAUGUCAAACUUUGCAUGUUACAUCUCUACAUCUCUCUCUCCUUUUCUGAUCUCUCGCUCUCUACAUCUCUCUCUUUAUCCAUGUACCCAACUGUCAUACUUGAGUAAAAGGAAAGAUUUCUUAAUAGAAAAUGACUGGAGUAAAAGUAAAAGCCACCCAGUAAAAUUCUACUUGAGUAAAAGUCUAUAAGUAUUUGGUUUAAAAUGUACUUAAGUAUCAAAAGUGAAAGUAUAACUAAUUUCAAAUUCCUUAUAUUAAGCAAACCAGAAUGCACCAUUUUCUUUUUUUUUCUUUUUUUAUGGAAGGCCAGGGGACCACUUCCACACUCAGCUAUCAUUUACAAACCAAGGGCUAUAUCUGUUCCUGGUUCUACAUUUCUUGAAUGGGGCAUGCUUAUUUAAGAUGGU